ACAACAUUUGGUUGAAAAAGCCAGGCGUUUUAAUCAACAAGAGAGUUUAGCUAACGUUAACCUUCUGUAAUUUACCAUGGAUCAAUAUAGUAUUUUGGGUAGAAUAGGAGAAGGAGCCCAUGGCAUUGUUUUCAAAGCAAAACAUAUCGAGACUGGAGAGACUGUGGCUCUGAAGAAAGUAGCUCUGAGAAAGUUGGAGGAUGGGAUCCCCAACCAAGCCCUCAGAGAGAUCAAGGCUUUACAGGAGAUUGAAGACAACCAAUAUGUGGUGAAGCUCAAGGACGUGUUUCCCCACGGUACAGGGUUCGUCUUGGUGUUUGAGUACAUGCUCUCUGACCUCUCUGAGGUCAUCAGGAACUCUCAGAGGCCUCUCACCGAGGCACAUGUCAAAGGUUACAUGAUGAUGCUGCUCAAGGUUGCCUUCUGCCACGAGAACUCCAUCAUGCACAGAGAUCUGAAACCAGCCAACCUGCUCAUCAGCUCUACAGGUCAUCUGAAGAUAGCAGACUUUGGCCUGGCCAGACUUUUCAACAACGAUGGAGAGCACCUCUACAGCCAUCAGGUGGCCACCAGGUGGUAUCGAGCACCAGAACUGCUCUAUGGGGCAAGGAAAUACGACGAAGGUGUAGAUCUCUGGGCAGUGGGAUGUAUCUUUGGGGAACUUCUGAAUAACUCCCCUCUGUUCCCUGGAGAGAAUGACAUAGAACAGUUGUGCUGUGUUCUCCGAGUCCUGGGGACACCUAACCAGCGCAUGUGGCCGGAGAUCACAGAGCUGCCUGACUACAAUAAGAUCACUUUUAAGGAGAACCCUGCCAUCCCUCUUGAGGAGAUAGUACCUGAUACCUCACCUCAGGCUGUGGACCUGCUCAACAAGUUCCUGGUCUACCCCUCUAAACAGAGGAUCAGCGCCAGACAGGCCCUGCUCCAUCCCUAUUUGUUCUCUGAGCCACUGCCGGCCCACCACUCGGAGCUGCCUAUCCCCCAGCACGGAGGGAAACAUUCCCGUCAGCGACUCCAGCCUCCUGUAGAAUUCUCUGUAGAUCUGCCCCUCUCAGAGAGCCUGGUGGACCCUGCUUUGGUCCAGGGACAUGCCUGGUGUCUAUGAUUGACUGGCACCCAAUGCUUUUCAUAGCCUGGUUGAGAGUAGCACUUAGGCUGGUUUAAUCAGGUUUUUAUGUUUGACUGUCAGAGCCUGGUGGACCCUGCACGGGUACACGGUGUGUAUGACUGUUCUUCAUGUUCAUCCCAGGCUGCUUAACCCAGGGGUGUAUUCACUAAGAAAACCAAACGGAACCAAACGGGAACGAACGGGACCGAACGGAACCAAACGGGACCGAACAGAACCAAACGGAACCGAACGGAACCAAACGGGACCAAACGGGACCGAACGGAACCAAACGGGACUGAACGGAACCAAACGGGACCAAACGGAACCAAACGGGACUGAACGGAACCGAACGGAAUCAAACGGGACCGAACGGAACCAAACGGGACCAAACGGAAUUUGUCCAAUGGAAAACACUUGUUCUCGUUGCAAAUCGUUUUCCAAAACUGUUUUUGGAACGGUGUGUGACUAAUGAAUACAUCCCAGAAUGUAGCCUGGUGGAUCCUGCUCUGGUCUAAGGACACGCCUAUGACCCACUGUUCUUCCUCGUUUUGAGUCAUCCAUCCUAGCCCGAGUCAAGAUCUGUUUGUGCUGUCUUGCCAUCUCCAUUUGCUGUCAUUGUUAUGGGAGUUGGCAAGACAGCACAAACAGAUCAGGAACUCAGGCUAUGUUAAUUGCGCCAUAGAAUAUUGAUAUUGGUAGGUAGAUAAUGCAUGGCUGUGAGGUAGAAAGCCAUGUCAUUUUCUUAAUUUGUGUGUUUGUUGUUCUGCAGGUUUCCGUUGUGUGUGUGUGUGUGUGUGUGUGUGUGUGAGAGACAGUAUGGACAGCCUUGCUGACUCAUGGUGCUCAUUGUCGUAGCGUUGACUAUCAUUAAAUAUGAAGACUAUACAUUAUCAAA